AUGGGUCGUCGUCUAACACGGGUCUGUUUAGUUGGCAGCAACGCUAUCUCAGCUUUUCUUUCCUGGAGGCUCCAGGCGUCCACCUCCUGCGACGUAACGCUAGUCUGGAAAUCGGGGUUUGAGGCGGUUUCGCAAUACGGAGUGUCUUUCAAGUCGAAAGCAUUUGGCAAUGAAAGAUUCAAACCUCGUCACGUGGUACGUUCACCGGAAGAGGCGGCAUCACGAGAGAAUGCAUAUGACUAUGUUAUUCUUUGCGUGAAGGCCUUGCCCGAUGUCUACGACCUGGCAGCGGUCAUUGAAUCCGUGGUUACCCCUCAACAUACCUGCAUUCUGCUCAACACGACCAACACCCUUGGCGUCGAAUCCCACCUCGAACAACGAUUCCCCACGAAUGUUGUCCUCUCACUCGUUUCUGGCGUGGAGAUCUCACAGAUUGGACCCAGCGAGUUUGAGCAUUUGAACUCGUCGAAUAUCUGGGUCGGUGCUACCAACAACAAUUCGACCCUUCCAUCGGCUAUGCAAACCGACAUGGCGGCCGCAUUGGCGAUGACCUUGAGCUCCGGUCAAGUCGACUGCAAAGUGUCGAACAACAUUAGACAAGAGCAAUUCGAGCGUAUAAUAGGGCCUAUUGCAUUUUACCCAACAAGCGUCAUGUUUGACAACGGCAACGUAACAGAACUCCUGCAGAAGGUCGGAGUACGGCAACUGGUCACCGAUGUGAUUGACGAGCUCAUUGAUUUGGCCAAAGCACACGGCUGUUCUUUCCCAAGCGAUUUUCCUCAGAAGACAAUGGAUGCGAUGGCCGCGUCUCAGUCUCCCAACACUAUGUAUCAGGAUUUCCAGGCUCGUCGUCCUAUGGAGAUCGAGACGUACCUUGGAUCCCCAAUCAAGCUGGCAACAGAACUCAAUAUCCGCCUUCCCCGCAUCGAAACCAUCUAUGCUAUCUUGCACCACAUUAAUACCACCAAUCUAAGCAAACCCCGCGAAUCGCCCACUCCGUCUGUACAAGCUCCGCCUCCCCAACCCACCCGGAUGUCCUCAGCUCCUCCACCCAGGAAUGGUCCUCCCAUGCGCCCGCCUCCUGGCAGGUCAAGCUCUGCAAUGAUGAUGCCACCUCCUAGACGCGGACCGCCCAUGCCCGGAAUGUCACGACCCCCCAGCACACAGCCUCCGCCCGCUUCUGCCAGAAUGCCUCCUCGUGAGCCGUCUCUGGAGGGACUGGAGGAAUUUAGCCACCUGGUUGUCUACGAUGACGCUGGUGAAGCUGGGCCUCCUCCCAGGAACCCUAACGGUUAUCCCGACGGCCCUCCUGGUCCUGUCCACUCGCAGUCGACUGCUGACCUGUCCUUGAGAGAACGCGAGUUGGCUUUGCGGCAGCGCGAGUUGCAGCUUCGGGAACAUGAAAUGAGCAUGAGGCGGGGACCGCCCCGCAGGAAUGCCCCCUCUAGGGCCACUUUCGAUGAGGAAGACGAGGAUGAUUAUUUCGAUCCCAUGGAUACCAGCCUGGUCCCAAACAUCGACCCAGACAAUGUGGAUAUGCUGAGCAUCACGUCACGAAGAGCCAAGAAAUUCCCGAGUGCCAGCCAAAUACGCAAGAACCCUGAGCUUCUGUCCAAUGGCGGCGGCGGCGGCGGCGGUCGGUCGGGUACAUUCAGCCGCUACUUUGGGGGAGGAAGAAAACGUGCCAGUGACCGCAUCAUGCAGGAAAUCCCGGGACUCCAUGAUUCCCUCAUGGAUAACCCCAUGAUGGCUUACUCGUCAAACCGGUACGGCGCUGUUGAUAGAAACCAGAUGGCUGCAGGUUCACGUACCAAUUCCAUGACCACGAGUCGCAUGGGCGACUAUCCCCCGCACCCCUACCCACACAGUAGGAGAAACAGCCAUUCGCCGGCGACUCCUUACGGUGGCCCGCCUGGUCCUCGCAUGGGCCGUCCGGCCACUGCUCAGGAUCAGCACUUCGGCCCUCCUCAUGGGCCCCCGAACGGCGGUCAUCCGUCUCCUCCGGGACACAUGCGUGCACCUGUUCCCAGGUAUCCCCCAGGACAUGGUAAUGCGGUAGGCCCGCAACAAGUUGAGCAACAAAUUGGGGUGAGCAAUUCGUAUCCCACCAAGGGCACCCCAAAGGAAAGAAGUCUGACUGGAAGUGCGAGCGCCAGCGCGGGGAGCGGUGAUAGUGGCGCCAGUGCGAACCUCGAUUCCGAGAAUUCAGCCCACAGCAGCCAGAUCAGCCUCGGCGCGCAGCAAGCUGCGGCGCCUGUCCGUUGA